CUAUUUGAAACAGCUGACCUACAAGGUUGUUGCUCACUUCUACAAGAAAUACGUUUGUUUUUUAAAAUUUCAUUUCAUUAUAUUAGGUUUUUGUUACAUGUCACAAUGUUUUUUUUUUAAAUGUGAGCACAGAUUUAAACUCCAGUGUGCCUUACAUUGAUCCAGUGAUCAUGAGUGGGUGUUAAAUAUUUGCAGGUUAAACCAGAGAGGCAGGUUCUGUCAGUCUGUGGCAUCUACUCAAAUAAACUGGAGGCAAUAUCCAGUCAGACCGAAUUCAACACAGAGUCACACAAAUGUCUGGGCUAGUUUCGUCGUCAGUGCUCAGGUUCUGUGUUGACAGGCUCAGAUUUGUCGAUGGACUCAAACGCAGCACGGCGCUCGCGUCAUGCAGCAAGAGUUUGUUCCAGGAGCGUUGGUCCCGGUCACUCCAUGUGGACAGUCCUCCACACAAACCCUCUCUGACCUGCAGCUACGUCCACGGCACCUCCACCGUCUCUCUGCUCUCCCAGACCGUGGCUCAGAGCCUGGACAACACAGUGCAGCGCUGGCCGGACCGUGAAGCUGUCGUCUUCCUGCAGGACGGCAUCCGGAAAUCCUUUGCACAAUUUCAGCAAGAUGUAGACCAGGCAGCUGCUGGUCUUCUUGCUCUGGGCCUGAAGCGAGGCGACAGACUGGGACUUUGGGGACCCAACAUUUAUGAAUGGAUCCUUUUCCAGUUCGCUUCAGCCAAGGCUGGGAUUAUACUGGUUUCAUUGAACCCGUCCUACAGAGUUAACGAAGUGGAGUUUACACUCAAGAAGGUCCAGUGUAAGGCAGUGGUCUGCCCUACUCACUUUAAAAGUCAGAUGUUCUGUGAGAUGCUGAGGGAGAUCUGCCCAGAGAUUGAUGAGGCACCAGCUGGUAUGAUCCAAAGCUCCAGGCUGCCAGACUUGCGUAUGGUGAUCGUGACGGACAGCAGACAGCCAGGGAUGCUGCACGUGGAGGAUGUGAUGCAAGCAGGAGAGAGUCGACACCACAAAGAGCUGAUGGAGCUACAGAAGAAGCUGUCCUUCGAUGACCCCAUCAAUAUUCAGUUCACAUCGGGAACUACAGGAAGCCCGAAAGGAACAGUUCUUUCCCAUCACAAUAUUGUCAAUAAUGCCUACUUUAUGGGUCUUCGAGUGGGUUAUGCAUCAAAACCCCAGGUGCGAGUGUGCGUCCCUGUGCCAAUGUACCACUGCUUUGGCUCAGUGCUUGGAGGGAUUUGCAUGGCAGUGCACGGUGUUACGCUUGUCUUUCCUAGUUCUGGCUACAACACGAAGGCCAAUUUGGAGGCCAUUCAGAGUGAAAAGUGCAAUUUCAUCUACGGCACUCCCACAAUGUUCAUCGACUUGCUUAGCCAACCAGAUUUACACAAGUAUGACCUGUCAUCAGUUGAGUCUGGAAUGAUGGGAGGUUCCUCCUGCCCCCCUGAUAUUGUACGAAAACUGACAAAAGACAUGAACAUGAAAGAGAUAGUCUUAGGUUAUGGAACCACAGAGACUAGUCCUGUUGCAUUUCUGGGGUUUCCACAAGACAACGAUGAACUGAAGUUAAACACUGGUGGAUGCAUCAUGAGCCACACUGAGGCAAAGGUGGUGGACCCUACUACUGGGGUGAUUGUACCUCUGGGAGAAUCAGGAGAGAUUAUGAUCAGAGGCACUUGUGUCAUGCACGGGUACUGGGACGAUCCAGAAAAAACCAGAGAAGUUAUUUCACAAGAUCGCUGGUACAGGACUGGGUAAGACUAAUGAUUACAGAUUACGGAACUCACCUGAUGGUACAGAGAAUGUAAAUGAAUGGCCUACACUUAAUUCCUCUUUUUCCGUCAUUGUAUUCUAUUUUCAUGUCAUUAUGUAAUUUUUCGUCCUUAUUUUGCUGAUAUUAUUGCAUCUGAUUUAGUUACAAAAUUUCUAUUUUUAAAUGUGUGCUAAUUGUGGACCCUGAUCAACUUAACUAAACCGAACAUGCUGAAACAAUCAUUUGAAUGAAAGCCAUUUUUAUUUCCCCCGUUAGUGGGAGCGAAGUAUUGUUUUUGGUGGCUCUGUGUGUCUGUCUGUUGCGUGA